UUACGGUCCCGCACCCUCUCCACAUUCUUGAGUCUCGACCUUCAUUAAGUCCUGACCGCUACCAUGCAAGUGACGUCAGAAAUCACAUCAACUAAUCGGACCAAUUGUAGGCUUCAUGCAUACUUCAGAGAUAUGGGCAAAUGAACAGAAAAACUAGGAGGACGUCUCAGUGCAUUGCAACCGCCGGAGUCAGAUAAGUGCGUUUGAACUCUUUCAGCUUUGUUUUUAACCUAAAUGAAGACACUGAAAGAUAGAUUUUGGGAAUUGCUGAUUAAUUGGUGAAGUAGUAUAGCCGUAACCAAGACCUGCGGAAUGAAGGCUCGCGCGAGGCUCGCGAAGAUGUUGUUGCACGUUUUGAAUCUGUGAUGCAUUCUAUCACGCUACGAGUUUUUGCGAAACAGAAUUCGGUGUUUGUCUAUGGAAGAACGCCGAGGCACGUUUCUGUGGAUACUGAAGCAACACAUAUGUCCACUCUUAACUUACUAAAGUGGUCAACAAAUCGCGACUAAACGGCGGGCAUGGAACAAGGGGAGUUAUUCGCCUCAAAGUGUCUGUUAGGUGUAGAGAAACGUUGUGGAUGUUAUUGUACUCAUCAACAAAUGGAAACCCCUUGACCUAAUAAGUUACCUUUCCAUCCGUUGCGCGUGAGCACAUCGAGGAAUGGCAAACUCUGGCAACUCUGCAGUCACUUCAUGGCUGCAGAUAUUGGUGUUGUCCAUCGGCUGUGCUUUAAUAUGUUUUAGUCGUUUAUCCAGUGCAUCCCCAACACACAAACAGCGUUUGAUUUGCUGGCAGGCCAUUAUGAAGUGCCAAGGAGAGCCGGAGUGUCACUACGCUUAUACUCAGUAUCUGCACGCGUGCGGUCCGGUUAUAAACGGCGACAAGAAGAAAUGUCCCAGCCACUGCAUUUCUUCCAUCGUUCAGCUCAACCUCACUGUGAACGGCCCGGCACUGGAAGACUGCGAGUGCGCCUCAGACACUUUAUGCAAGAUCACCAAGCGAGCCAUCGAGCCCUGUAUGCCCAGAACCAGCCACACGGGCUGCACUGAAGCCCGCAAACAGUGCGAGACGGAUCCAGAGUGCAGCACCGCCAUGCGGGACUAUCUGUAUCACUGCAGGAAACUGUUUGGAGGAGAGCGGUGCUCGGAUGAUUGCCGGCGGGUCAUCACGAACAUGCGCUUCAUUCCCAAAGCCCAGCUACUGGAUACUUGCGUUUGCGACGGCGAGGAGAGAACUAUAUGCGAGUAUGUCAAAGUCAGCAUGAGGAACUUCUGCUUUAACGACAAAUAUGCCGGGAGUGGCCUUUCAGAUACCGAGGAUGACUCUGACGACGACUACGAGACGGAUUAUGAGGAAGAGGAGAAUGAUGCUGGGGAUUUAAGAGCACAAAAUAUUUUGACAUUGGCAUCCACAAUUUUGACUUUUGUUUUCCUUUUAUGUUAAAAAAAUGAAUCAAAUGAGUGACCUCAUGAGCAUCCCCCAGUUGAGCAGCACGAAUAUCAGCGGGCCCUAAAAGCUUUUUGUCAAGCUUUUUGUUGUUGUUGUGCAGUUUGCUAAGUACCCAACUAACAAUGUUUGUUUCCCAAAACGUUCUCUUAAGGUUAUUUUAUGGAUAUAAACAAAUAAAAACCUUAAACGAACGUCCCCAGAACGUUAGUAGUUGGUUCUCCCCAAAAUAACCAACUUGGAACCAUACUGUAACGUUAGGGAAACGUUUUUGCUGCUCUCUGUUUCUUUUAACAUUAGUUGCUUAUUAUAUGAUAAAAGGAAAAAUAGCCUUAUUGAAAAAAGUGGGAAAGGAGUUAAAAGUUGUGAGCUGCCAAAAUCUGCACAACAGGAGUAAGGGUCUUGAUGGAAAGAGUUGGAAAUAUGUGCUUCACUAAAUAUUAAAUUAUGAACUAUUUUGGAAAUAACUAUUCAAAGAGAGAAAAAAUAAUACUGGAAUUUUAUUUUUGUAUGAAAGAUUGGUUAGUGUAAAUUGUUGUUAAACAACAUGAUUAUUGUAAAGGUGUACAAUGCUUCUGUAACAAAAUUGUGUGAAUAAUAUUCUUAAAGAAACAGUAUAACUGUGUAUAGCUAACUGUUUUUAAUGUGAUCAUAAAAAGAUGUCUUCAAAUUAUCCCAAAGAUUAUUUGACUUCCUUUUGGUCAUUUGUAACAACAACAAGAACUUAGCAAUUUGGUACAUGUAGACAAAUAGCAAUUUCAGAUAUUAUGAAUGAUUCAUUAAAAUGGAUUAGUUGAGUAAAAGUUUUCUGUCUGUCCAAUUAUGCAGAUCUGAUGUCAAGUAAAAUGAGGGAAUGUUUUACUUCCUAUUGUACGCCUGAAAUCAGAUAUAAUAUACCUCUAUUUUAGAUCAAAUUCUAAUGUAGAAUAAUGCAAAGGAGAAGCCCUAUAUGGCCAUGAGGGCAUAUAGAUGUCUUAUAAUGUCUGAUCAUAAGCAAUGACAGGUGGACCUGCUUUAUGCUAAUGUUAAGAUCUAAAUUCAGAAUACACCAGUUCAUUAUU